AUGGCUGGGAUAACCAGCACCAUCGGGUUCAACGCAAUUCUCCCCGGAACCACCAAUACGGUGUCGCAUCCGCACUUUUCUGUUAAAUCUAAGCUCUUCGGACUUCGUUUCUCUUUGCCCGAAUUAUCAUCUAUUGUCACUCUUGAGCUUUAUCAUCGCCGUAUCCCCGCCAUCACCUGCCGUUACGGAGGCGGAGGAGGUGGCGGUGGCUCACGAUUCCCUGGAGAUAGGCGAGGUAGGCAAAAGGAAUCCGAAGAUGAUGAUGCGCUUGAUAUCUCGGCUAUUAGGUCAGCCACUGUCAGGCUUAUUGAUGGGCAACAGAACAUGAUUGGUAUAGUUUCCAAGGAGGAAGCGGUUCGAAGAGCUGAAGAAGCCGAGCUUGAUCUGGUGAUUCUUUCGCCGGAUGCUGAUCCUCCGGUUGUCAGAAUGAUGGAUUACAGUUAUAACAUUGAUCAGCAUGAUUAUUCUGUACGCAUGAGAGCAGCCCGGAAGUUUUUGCAAGACGGUGACAAGGUUAAAGUGAUUGUGAACAUGAAAGGCCGGGAAAACGAGUUCAGAAAUAUUGCUAUUGAGCUUCUCAGACGUUUUCAGAAUGAAGUUGGGGAGGUUCGUAUUGUAUUUGUGAUUUGGAUUCGCAUGUUUGUUCUUCUCUCUAAAACCUGCCAACACCUGCAGCUUGCGACUGAGGAGAGCAAAAACUUUCGGGACAGGAACUUGUUUAUUGUCUUGGUGCCAAACAAGGAAGUUAUUCGGAAAGCGCAAGAACCACCCCCGAAAAAGAAGAAAAAGCCAGCGGAUGAUGAAGUUUCAGCAGCAGCUAUAACUGCAACUUAA